AUGACUGAUACUCUGUCUGGCUCCCUCAAGAGGAAGUGGUCUGAAGACCUCUCAGAUGAAGGCGAAGAGGCGGAGAAGCGACCUUGUCUAGAUGGAACAGGGCUGAUGGAUUCGCCUGAGCAUGAAAAGGUAAAGGAGUUAGAUGACACGGAUGAAAGUGAAGAUGAUGUCUCACCUGAGAGUGAUGAAGAUUUUUAUGGGGAAAUGUUAGAAUACGAAUUCUUGGACAGCAGUGUUAGCAGUGAUGAUGUAGAUGGAUGGUACAAGUCAGAUGAGAGCGAUGGAUCUGAAUCAGAUGAGAGUGAAGGAUCUGAGUCAGAUGAGAGCGAAGAGUCUGCAUGGGAGUGA